AUGGAAAAUGGAAAAGAUCAGAAAAUCACUUGUGAUAUGAAAACGGAUUUGAAUUUACUCCUUGAAUGCCUUAAGUAUCAAAUGGACCAUCCAACUUCUCAAAAGGAAGCCUUGGUUACUAUUUAUUCGGUUUGUCAACAAAACAGUGCUGCCUGUGAUUAUUUUAGAGAAAUAGGUGGCUUGAUAUUUGUAUGGAAUCUUGCAAAGUCACAAAUGCACAGUUUGGUUCAAGAAGCUGCUUUAUUUACAUUAGGAGGUUUAGCUGAGAAUAAUGUGUUCUGUCAGCAGAUGUUAUGCACAGCUGAAUUAUUUAAGGAUCUUCGUACGUUUUUAACUAAUAAGGAUUCAAGUAUGAAUUUGAAAAGAAUGUCUGUAUAUGUCUUACUGGUGCUGGUUUCAAAUAAUAACAGUGGACAAACACACAUGAGAGAAUCUGGAUGCCUCAGUGUUCUGCUCCAGUUAUUCAGGAUAAUUCCUUCAGAAUCUCAAAUGAACCUUUUCGAUCAUAAAAUUGAUCAGUAUCAUCUAUGGUCCUCGGUUUGUAGUAAUCUUUGUGUAUGUGUCAACAAUCCUCAGAAUGAGGAAAAUCAGAAAGCCUGUAGUUUGGUUUUUCCAUAUGCAAAAGAUUGGCUGCAAAGUAGUAUGAAGGCUGAGAUAAUUCGCCCAAUAUGUUCAUUCAUUGGGCUCACUGUUGCAAAUAAUUCAAGAACGCAGAAUUUUUUUAUUUCUAUUGGGGGAUUAGCUGUUUUGGAUGAGCUUCUUCUCAAACUGAUACAUGGUUCAUUGGAGAACAAUACAAAUCUAAAACUUGCUGUGGUGGUGAUAAAAACAUUGGAUGCCUGCAUUGCUAACAAUGCUACAGUUGGCAUUCACUUAUCAAAGUAUAACAUUGUGCCUAAUCUACUGAAACUGCUUUCUUACAACAUUUUGGACUCAGGAGAGCGAUUCAGCAUUAUACUUACUCUUGGACAUUGUACAGAAGUCUGUGAGGAAAAUCAGUAUACUCUGAUUAAGAACAAUGGCCUUCCACUUAUGAUUCAAGCCCUAACUGAAAUGCAGGAUGAUGAACUAAAUAAAGCGGCUACCUUUGUAUUGGAAAACUGCAAACAGAUGACUGAAAAAUUGUCGGUGAAGAUGAAUCAGCAUUCAUUCCAAGAGGACGAAAGAAGAAUAUUGGAAGUAGAUUGGGAGAACAAAGAAAGGAUUCUUGAAGAUUAUUGGAAUGAAGCCAAACAAAUUUUAAACAGAAUCAAAGGGCUUGAAAAUGAACAAGAGGAAAAUAUCAGAAGAGAAAUACUAAUUAAUGAGGAUACCCCUCAAGAAAAGUUUUUUCAGGCUAUGACCCAAUACCGUCAAACAAAUUCCAGCAAGCAGCCUUUAGAGAACAGCAAAAUAUGUUCAAAAAUGAAACACCCUCGACAAAAUACUAUCUCUAAAGUGCAGAAUACUUCUAAAUUUGAAAAGAGUUCUUCUAGUAGAGAACAAUUGAAGUCUGCCGUUUGGAAUUCAACUGAUGCUUCGCUCACUCAAAAUGAUCACAAUAAUCUUUAUGCAGCUGAAAAAACAACAACACCCAACAUAAAUGAAGCUUAUAUUACAAAUAAAAACAGUUUUUGUGAUUUUAGGAAAGUUGAUGCCCAAGCAAGUGAAAUCAUUUUUAAGAAACCAGAUUGUGUAGUAAAAAGCCCAAUGCGAAAGAUUCAACAUUCAGAGCUAAAAUAUCCAAGGAACCCAAGCAGAGGAAUGGGCCAUAUUCUGACUGUUCCCCCUAAAAUAAGAGAACUCAGAUGUUCAGGUUGUAGAAUAGGAAGACUUUCCUUAAACAGCCGAAACUUUAGCAAGACUCUACAAUCUUGUCCAUAUCUAUGUGAACAACACAAAAUUAUUCUUGAAUCUGAGAUGGAAUAUAAAAGGAAAUUGAGAAGAUCCAUUGUGGCUCACGAGAAUACUUCUGCAUAUAAUAGUAAUCACAAUGACCGGAGAGUCAGCUGCAAGAGAAGCUCAACAACUGUGAAAGAGUUAGCAAAUUUUCAAUGUGAUGCACAUUCUAAGAACCAAACAAUGAAACAGAACUAUAGCCUUCAAGACCUGGACCUGAGCGAAAACCAUCCAUUUGAAAAGGAGAGUACUGAAUGUUGCAGUAUACAGAAUACUGAAACUCUAUCAAAUAGGUCUACAACAACUUUAAAGAAAAGGAGAAUCAGGAAAGAUUUUACGUCAGAAGAAAUAAGUUAUCUUUUUGAAGGUGUAAGGAAAAUGGGGCAUCAUUGGAAUUCAAUUUUAUGGGCUUACCCAUUUCAGAAAGGACGGACGAAUGUUGAUCUUGCUAAGAAAUACUGCAAGUUACAGGUAUUUUUUGUUUUGUUUUCAUAA